AAAGAAGGAAGAAAUCCAAUCUUCUUCUCCGGCGCUGCCAUGAGCAGCACCUCUAACGAAUUGAAACUCGCCGUCGUUAAUAAUGAAACGUGGUUUCAAUAAACUCUCGCUCCGACGAGUCAUCGUUUGAUCGAACCACUUUUCGAAAAUUAAACAUUUAUUUCUGGUAAAAUUGUUCUCUAUGGCACCGUUGGUCGCCAAACUAGAAAACGUGCGUUUUUGCACCAUCAUAACUGGUGUUUCCAAUCUAUUGGUGAUAUUUCUCGGCUCUAUUACAAUGGCUAUUGUUUAUCCAGCAUGCGGUCUUCGAGACCUUGCUUUAUUUAUGGUGAUUAUGUUCGUUUCUGCUGUUAGAAUUAUCGUUUUGAUCCGUACUGGAAUUGCUCAGAAAGCUACCGCCACAAUGAUGGCUGGCUUGUCAAUGGAGAACGUUUCCCUUGAUGCCGCCAUGCGCCAAGAGAGACGGGCCAGGUACAAGAGAUGGAUUUUCUGGGUGCGGUUCUUACUUUUAACAACCAUAGUGCAAUUUUCUGUAGCAGCUGGCCUCGUGCUCAUUCUAAUUAAACAUUCGGCCAAAGGUGGAACUUCAACUAACUGUGUCAUAGGGUAUAUUUCACAUGGCAACGAUUGGCAAAAACUAGUAAUGGUCCCUUUCUUAUUCAUUGUUUUUUCUCUGGCCUUGAUACAAUGCUUUACUGGAUCGGAAGUGCUAAGAUGGAGGUCCUUUUAUGCAUCUGAGAACAAAAUAUGGAAGGCUCAUUACAGGGAGGUAUUUGAUAAUGGCAUUCGCGAGGCUUUGUGCUGUCUGGGGCGUUUCAAAUACUUGAGCAUAUUGGAGGAGGAUGAAGUUUAUUCUGUUGCACAGUUACUAGGUGAUCUUGUUGCUUACCGUGCUUCAGGAACAGGACAUUUGGAGUUUAUUGCAGGACUUGCUUUACUACAGAGAAACAAUGCGGGUCUUAAACCUUAUGAAGGGUCAUUAGAAGCCCCUGAUGAACUGAUUGAAGAUGCAACUAUCUUUCAUCCAUUUGCUGAAGCUGCCUAUACGGGACUGUUACUUGAUGUGGGAAGAAAUCCAAUAUCGUUUCCAUGCGCAUGGCUGUAUAGACAAGGGAUAUUCACCCCAUGGAGCCGCAACAGGCGUCCCGAACUUAGAGGUGACAACUGGUGGCGCGGUCAUGCAGCAGCAUAUUUGAAAUAUGUUAAUGUACCACCAGAAGCACUACGACAAGGGCGAGUUAAUCAGUCAAAGUGUGAAGCUGCAUACUUCAUUGUGGUUCUACAUCAUUUAAAAUCUCUGGUAAUAGCUGUAAGAGGCACUGAGACUCCUGAAGACCUUAUUACUGAUGGUUUAGGCAAAGAAUGCAUCUUAUCUGCUGAAGAUUUAGAAGGAUUAUUAAAUGUUGAUCUAAUUCCUGAAGAUAUAAGGCAAAGGGUAAUUUCAUCAAUGCCACACUAUGGACAUUCUGGCAUAGUUGAAGCUGCAAGAGAUCUCUUCAUGCAGGUUGAAGGAAACCCAAUGCCUGCUGAUUAUACUAUGUCAUUGGGAUCAAGAGGAUUCCUUUCUUCUUUGUUGGGAGCUGGUUGCGAGUGUGAAGGCUAUAAAAUCCGCAUAGUUGGUCAUUCUCUUGGAGGAGCUGUCUCUGCAAUGCUAGGACUGAAGUUAUACGGUCGUUUCCCAAAUGUACAUGUAUAUGCUUAUGGUCCUCUGCCUUGUGUGGAUCCUGUUAUAGCGGAUGCUUGCUCGAACUUUAUUACAAGCAUUGUCUAUGACAACGAAUUUUCGUCACGUCUUUCAGUUGCAUCGCUAAUGCGUCUCCGUGCUGCUGCACUUUCCGCGGUAUCAGAACGCACAACAGAUUCAACCAUAAUUUCGAAACUUGCUCGUAGAUUCUUUUUCUUGACCACAAUGGAGAUAAGUGAUUUUCAAGAGAAAGCCGUCCCAGUUUCAGAAACUAGCACUUUAACAGCUCGAGAUAUAAAACGCGUUGAACAUGAUAAUAAUAAUAAUAUGAGGCAAACAACGGAAGAAUUGAACAAUCCAUUGUUUGCCCCUCCUGAUAUUAGUACUAUGUAUGGUGAUCCGGCGACUGAGUUCUUGGAAACUGUAUUGAGACCUGAAAGGGGAUCGGUUGGGGAUGUUCCAGAAACAUUCUUGCCUGGUUUCAUCAUUCAUAUAGUUCCUGAAGGAAAUCAAUUUGAAAUGUUUGGAUGGAGAAACUGGAUUCUCGAGAAUACUCAUAAAUUCAAGGCUUAUGUUGCCACCAGAGAAGAUUUUAUGGAGAUUAUUGUUUCGCGUAGGAUGUUUCUGGAUCAUCUUCCUUGGAGAUGCCAGUAUGCUUUGACCAAAGUUAUUCAAACUCGGAAUAAUCAAGCUGUUGAUGAUGAUGGGCUGCAAAUGGCAUGAAUUGCGAAAAAUACAGGAAUCUUCCUUCAAUGGUUUGUUCUAUCUAUAUAUUCAUGGAAUUUGCAUAGAAAUGUGGAUCUUAUUGAGGUUUAUAAUUGGGAAGAAUUUGGUUAGUUAGAUCAUAUGAUGAAAUGUGAUUAUGACUCAUGUCUUUCUUUUUCUUUUUUGAUUCCUAUGUUUCUUUUAGCACUUUCUUACUUUGUUUCUUU